AUGACCGAUGCGACAGGGUGGCAUUGUGUCGUCACUGAACAUUUUGUUGCAGGCCAAGGCGCCCGUCAACACGUUGAGUUCCGAGCACAGUCAAGCACCAAUGGAGCACCACCUCAAAGUCUGGCCUUUCGCUUUUCCCAGGUGGACCGGCUGCUGGGCCAGCUUGCGCAAAUGAGCGAGCUUCGAGAUGUGACACUGCCGCGUCUCCCGCCGAAGGUCACGAUUCGGUCCACUUGGGCUGGCCGUUUUGAUGAGACAUUUCUGCAGGAACGGCAAGGUCUUUUAACGAGUUUUUUCGAAGAGCUGUGCACCGUUCUGAACGGAAAGUACUCGGCAGUCGGAAACGUUUUGGACCUCUGCGAACCCUUGGGCGAGUUUGUGGCCAGCGCGGCAAGAGCAGGGUCCACAGAGGAGCUGGCGGCAGUCGCAGCAGUGGAGGCCGCCAUCCGCAGGGAAGAAGACCGUCAGAUAAUUGCAUCACAGGAUGCAGAAUAUGAGGAAAGCUUGCGACAGGAUGAGCUUCGUCGAAUAGCGCAGGCAGAGCAGGCCGAAAAAGAGAGACUGGUGGCAGAGGAAGAGGCAAGACAGCAAAAAGCUGCUGAGGAAGAGGCGGCCGCUCUUGUGGAGGAGCGAAGGCUUCGGCGAGAGACAUUCGACAUGCAGCACCCGCUGCCGGAAGCCGGGAUGCCGCAGGCGACCGUGCGAUUUCGCGCAGCCAGUGGAGCUACCAUCAAGCGUGCUUUUGCUGAAGAUACGCAGGUUUCCGCCCUGUUCGAGUUUGCUGCAGUGGCGGACUGGGAUGGACCAGCCUUGGGCGGGUCAUUUGAUCUCAGGACAUCUUUCCCGAUGAUGAACCUGCAGGGAAAAGAAUCACAGACGCUCAGGGAAGCUGGACUCUGUCCUUCCACGAUGCUGCUCGUUGCGGAGCACGCCGUGGGCUUACCCACAGAGGCCGCAACUGGCGAGGUGCCCUUGGAGCCGGCCCCUGGCAGCCUCGAAGAAGUCACUUCGUUCUUGUCCCGAAUGGCAGCAGAGGCGCGAGAAGCCUUGCAAGAGGAACGUGACAAACUGCUCAGUCGCGAUGGCAGACAGGCCGUCCUCGAGAACGAGCAAAACGAUCCGGGAAUCCAGAGGAGCGCCGAGGCACCCGCCCUAGAUGAUUCAGGUCACGCAGGCAGUGCUCGUCCGGAGAUCAUGCCCUCUCCCUCUCCACCUUCACCGGAAGCGGGUUCACCAGCCGAAAGCCGUCUGGCUGUGCCCGAUGCUGCCGAGGCUCUUCAGUGCAUUGAAGAGGAGCGGAUGGCAUGUCUCGAAGAACUAGAGCGGCAACACGAGGCCUUUGUGGAGGACAUGCAGCAAGAAGCCGAAGACAUCCGUCGAGAGGAGGCGCCCCUGUUGUCCCGUACACUCAACAUGCAGGAACAAGGUGUGCUCAACGGACGUGAAUCCUGA